AUGCCGGACGGCCCCGCCUCUGGGUGGAUGGCCUCCUGUCGCAUCUCCGGCUCCUCGUCGGACACUAUCUCGGCGAAGAUUUCACCGAACUCCGUGCCCCGCUGGCAGAGGAAGCGGCGGUUGGCCUCCACCUCGGCCUUCGACUGGAUGGAGUCAAGGAUGGCCUACUGCUCCGCAGCCUCCUCCGCAUGGGCCACCUCGUACUCCGCCAUGGCUACGCUCGCAGUUGGAGGCGCCGGAUCCGCUUCGCCUGCGUCGUCGUCGUCCUCCUCCUCCUCCUCCGGCUCCGCAUCCUCCAUGGCGGCGUCCUGCUUUGCCUCGACCUCUGCCUUCGCCUCCUCCUCGCCCGACUCCGGAGGCAGGCCGAUUGUGAUCCGAGCUUCGUGCCACGCCUGA